UCUAGAUAGAAAGUAAAAUAAUUAUAGAGAGUAUGAAGUUGAACUUUCAAUAAACUAUACUUCGAACUUCCGCUGCUGGAAGCAGUCCGUGGAACGUUGUGUAUGUGGUGGUUUGUAUACUUGCGCAGUGGAAAGUGGUAUGUUGUACAGAAAAUCAUUUCAUUUGGUGUAAAGCAAGACGAUAUCUACUUUGAAAAUGGCUCGGUACGGCCAACGACCCGAAAAUGCUCUGAAAAGGGCAAAUGAAUUUAUUGAGGUUGGCAAGCCUGCCCGUGCUCUGGAUACACUGUACGAAGUGUUUCGCAACAAGAAAUGGGCCUACAGCUGGAGCGAGAGUGUGCUGGAACCAAUCAUGUUCAAGUACCUGGACCUGUGUGUGGAGCUGAAGAAGUCACACAUAGCCAAGGAGGGGCUGUUCCAGUACCGCAACAUGUUCCAGUCGGUGAAUGUCUCUUCACUGGAGAACGUGAUACGUGGAUAUUUAAGAACAGCUGAAGAGAGAACAGAGUCUGCACGUGAACAGUCCCAGCAAGCUGUGAUUGAUAUUGAUGACCUUGACAUGCUGGCCACCCCUGAAAGCAUUCUUCUGAGUGCUGUGAGUGGAGAGGAUGCUCAGGACCGCAGUGACCGCACUAUUCUCACCCCAUGGGUCAAGUUCCUCUGGGAAUCUUACUGCCAGUGUCUGGAGCUUCUGCGCACCAAUGCACACGUUGAGACCCUCUAUCAUGACAUAGCUCGAAUGGCAUUUUCCUUCUGUCUGAAGUACAACCGCAAGACUGAGUUCCGAAAACUGUGUGACAAACUGCGCAAGCAUCUGGAGGAUAUCAGCAAACUUCCUGCGCAGACUGCGAAUGUGAGCAUCCACAAGCCUGAGACACAGCAACUCAAUCUUGAUACACGACUUGUGCAGCUGGACUCUGCCAUUCAGAUGGAGCUAUGGCAGGAGGCGUACAAAGCCAUCGAGGACAUUCAUGGGCUGAUGAACCUUUCGAAGAAGCUUCCAGUUCCGAAGACCAUGGCAAACUACUACCAGAAGCUAGCCAUGGUGUUCUGGAAAGCUGGAAACUACCUGUUCCACGCUGCUGCUCUCUUCAAGUUGUUUCAGCUCUCAAAGGAGAUGAAGAAGAACAUCACGCCUGAGGAGCUGCAGAGGAUGGCCUGUCGGGUGCUGCUGGCCACUCUGUCCAUCCCACUUCCAUCUGCUCACCCGGAAUUUGACCGAUUCAUUGAGACAGAUAAGAGUCCCUUGGAGAAGGCUCAGCGCUUGGCCAUUCUGCUUGGACUGUCACAGCCUCCGACCAGAGCAUCUCUUCUGAAAGACAUUGUGCGAGUGAAUGUGGUUUCGUUAGCAUCGCCUCGUCUGCAGGAGCUGUAUGGAUGGCUGGAGGUGGACUUCCACCCACUACAGCUAUGUUCACGUGUGCACACCGUCGUCGAAGAACUGUGUGCAGAUGAGGGCUCGCCCCUUCAACAGUAUGUGCCUGCACUUCAGGAUGUCACACUUGUACGGCUCAUCAGACAGGUCUCUCAGGUCUACCAGACAAUUGAGAUUACACGCCUGCUGGAACUUGCACGCUUUGCAUCUGCAUUCCAUCUGGAACGCCUGCUGGUUGACUGUGUGCGCCACAAUGAUAUGCAGAUCCGUAUUGACCAUGGGGCCAGGUGCAUCCAUUUUGGCAUGGAUCUGUCAGAGUCACAACGGGAGGACAGGCCAGAGGGCCCAACCCUACAGAGCAUGCCCAGUGAGCAGGUCCGCAACCAGCUGGUCAAUAUGGCCACUGUGCUGCAUCGUGCCAUGGCCACGAUCAAUCCACACAAGAAGAAGCUCGAGCGGGAGAAGUUACGUGCACAAAUGGUAAUGCAUUACCAGGAGACCAAGUCUCAGGAGCAUCAGUGCAUUUUGGCACGUCACAAGAUCAUCGAGGACCGGAAGGAGUACCUGGAGAGGUUGAAUACUGUGCGGGAAGAGGAGGAAGCCCGGAGACAGGAGGAGCAGGCUCGUCAACAGAUGUUGCAAGAACAGAAGCGCCUGGAGCUGGAACGGGAAGAACGGGAACGCAAGCGUCAGGAGAAUGAGAUCCAGCAAAUAAAGGAUCGACACCUCAAGGAGAAGAUGCAGCAGAUUUCUCAGACAUCACAUGGGCAGAAGAUUCUGAAAAAGUUGAAUGAGGAUGAUAUCAAGGAUCCUGAACAAAUAGCUGCUCGGGAAGCAGAGGAGUUGCAGAAAGAACGGCGCGAGUUGUUACAGAAACUAAAGUCACAGGAGAAAAAGGUGGAUUAUUUUGAACGGGCGAAGCGCCUGGAGGAAAUACCACUUUUGGAACAGGCAUUUGAGGAAAAACAGAUCCAGGACCGCAAAUUUUGGGAACAGCUUGAAGCUGAACGCAUCCAGGAGGCAGUGGCUGAGCGAGAAGUGGCCGUCCAGCAUCGUGAGCGCUUGGCCCGUAUGAAGGCAGACAAGGAUGUGUUUCUGGAGAAGCUGAAGGCAGAGCGCAAGACACUGUAUCUGGAUAAGCUGAAGGAUUUUGAGAAGGUGCUGGAGGAGGAGCGCAGGAAGCGUCUGGCAGAGAGGAAAGUGCAUCGCAAGGAGGAGAGGAGAGCCAAGUGGCUGAAGGAACGAGAGGAGGAAGAAGAGAGGAAGCGGGAAGAGGAAAAGAGGUUACAGGAAGAGGAGGCUCGGAGGAAACAGGAAGAGGAGGAGCAGAAAAAGAAAAUUCGCAAAGAGAUGGAGGCUGAGGAGUACAGGAAGCAGAAAGAAGUGCUGGAUCGUCAGGCAGAGCAGGCUCGUAAGCGCGAACGGGAGGCAGAGGAGAAGAGAAUGGAGGAGAAGAGGUUAGAGCAAGAACGAGUAGCAGCCAGCAGCAGCUGGCGGCGCAACCCCAUGGGGGCAGUGCCACUUCCUCCCUCACAGCUUCGAUCUGAACGUGAUGUGGACCGUGAUGUGAUGGAUGGUCCGCGCAGGGAUCGAGAUGGAGACUGGCGCAGUAAGAAUUCGGCACCAUCAUCAGCCCCUGCCGUGGCGCGGGAUGAAGCACCUCCACGCUCCAAAGCAGAGGUUUGGAGACCUAAUGUUCGUUUGCGUGAGUCUGACAGCAAGUCGACAGAUGCCUGGAGAAGGGGCCCUGAUGCUGACCAUGACUCCAAGGACAGGAGCACUUUUGAGAGGGACCGUGACAUGAGAGACUUCAGAGACAGUAGGGACAUACGAGAUACAAGGGAUAACAGGGAUGUGCGAGAUGGCAAAGAAAUGCGAGACUCCAGGGACCGGGGAGGUUAUGACAGAGAUGGCAAGGAUCGAGGCUAUGACAGGGACAGAGGUUUUGACCGCUUUGAAAAGGACAGGGACAGAGGCGGCCACGACAGAGACCGGGGAUUUGACCGUGAGCGAGAUAGAGGUUCUGGCAAUGCUGGAAGCAGCUGGAGGAACAAACUCCCCGAGCCGGAGCCAGAUGAUGAUCGUCGGGGCAUGAGGAGAGAUGACAGGAGGCCUUUGCCCCCAGUGAACCGUAAAGAAGACCGUGGGACCACAAGUUCAGACUGGCGCAGGGAGCCAUCUGAAAAGCGAUCUGCUGAUUCAUCAGGCCUGCGCCGAGGUCCUGGAGAUGACCGCAGGCGAAUGGAUGACCGCGGUCGAGGGGAACGAAACACGGGUCCCCGAGAUGAUCCUUCAGCUAGAGAAAAUAGACCUCGUGCAUCAGAGCAGCCUGCACUGGAGGAUGGCGUUGAUGACGGCCACUGGCAGAAAGUGAACCGUCGCUAGUGAUUAUUAUUAUAUAGCUGAUUGUUCAUGUUGUGUGCAGUGGUGGAGGAGUCUGUAACUGCACACCUCAUUUUGUUUGGGAAUAAAGUUGCAUGUUAAUCUUUCUCCA